AUGGCAAUUUACACCCCCUCUCGCUCUGAAGACGACGGCAGCAGAGAGCCUGUUCAGUUGCGAGUCCUCCACUUCUCCAAUGAGUUCCCCAAGGAUGGCUUGUGCACGUUAUUCCGUGCCCUGCAUUACCGCAGCAAGGAUCGAAGAUACCCACUCCUUGCGCGCUUCCUCGAGGAAGCCACCCGUGCGCUGCGGGAAGAAAUACGGGGGCUCUCAAGCAGCCUAAAUCAGCUGGUGCCCCCCUUUGAAUCCAUUCUCAACUUGGCCAGCUUCACCGACCUCCGCCACGGACCACUGGGGGGUUCGGUGGAGGGCGUGCUUCUUUGCACCGUCCAGUUAGGAACCAUUAUUGGAUAUUAUGAGCAACAUCCAGAAAUCUUCCCUUCGGACAGCACCAGCACCGUCUUGACGGGGCUUGGAAUGGGCCUUCUCGCGACAGCAGCGCUAUCUCUCGCGGCUACGCUGGCGGAUCUGCCCUCGUCCGCCGCACAAGUGGUCCGGCAAGCCUUCCGACUUGGGAUCGUGGUCGACGAGGUCUCACAGAACUUGCAGCCGCGGGAGACAACAACCCCGAGUGCAACGCCUGAUCCCUGGGCCUACGUGAUACCAGGGGUAAUGGCCGAGGAGGUCCAGCAGGAUCUGGAUGUACUCCAAAAGCAAACUCCGGUGGCUAGUCGAGUCUUCAUCAGCGCGGCCAGCGUAUCCUCGGCGACAGUCAGUGGGCCGCCCGCCCGGUUGAAGGAACUUUUCCGCACAGCCUACGUCUUUAGCAACCGCAAAUUCGUACCGCUCCCGGUUUAUGGAGGCCUCUGCCAUGCAGGUCACAUCUAUAACGACGAGCACGUCCGUCGCGUCGUGCGCACCCCAUCAAUAUCCGGCCAUCACGGAAGGAGUGUGCCGUGUCUCGCUAUCCUCUCCACCUGCGACGGGCGCCCUUUCACGGGUCAAGAUGCGACGGAGUUGUUGGAGCAAAUCGUUCGCGAGAUUCUCACGCAGCGGAUUGAGUGGGCGACAGUCGUUCAAGGGGUCGUGCAGCAGGCCCAGGGCAUAAACGCCGAGCACUGUCAGAUGCUCGUCUUCCGAAACUCUCUUGCUAGCCAUGACCUCGCCGCGGCCCUGCAAAAUAUCAACCCUGCCGUAGAGGUCUCGACUGAUGAGAUUAUCUCUUGGCUGCACGAGGCCCAGACCCCGGCAGACGAUCUCCUCCCUCGAGGACCCCAGCAAUCGAAGAUUGCCAUUGUGGGCAUGGCCUGCCGACUGCCUGGUGGGGCCAUUAAUACCGAGAGGUUCUGGGAGCUGCUGGAGAGCGGCUUGGAUGUUCACCGCAAGAUACCCUCAGAUCGCUUCAACGUCGAGAGCCACUUUGACCUGGACCGAAAGCGGCUCAACUGCAGCUGGACCCCCUAUGGAUGCUUCAUUGACGAACCAGGCUUAUUCGAUGCCCCGUUCUUUAAUAUGUCGCCGCGGGAGGCGGAGCAGACGGACCCUAUGCAGCGGCUAGCCCUUGUUACUGCGUAUGAGGCAUUGGAGCGAGCUGGAUAUGUGGCUAAUCGUACAUUCUCUACUCGAUUAUCUCGGAUCGGGACCUUCUAUGGCCAAGCGAGUGACGACUAUCGUGAAGUAAAUACUGCCCAGGAAAUCAGUACGUACUUCAUCCCAGGUGGAUGUCGAGCAUUCGGCCCAGGGCGAAUCAAUUAUUUCUUCAAGUUUGCGGGACCCAGCUACAGCAUCGAUACUGCCUGCUCCUCAAGCUUGGCAACGAUCCAGGCUGCCUGUACCUCCUUGUGGAGCGGGGAGACCGACAUGAUCGUGGCCGGAGGAAUGAACAUCCUGACAAAUUCAGACGCAUUUGCGGGUCUGAGCAACGGUCAUUUCCUCUCAAAGGGCGCCAAUGCGUGCAAGACGUGGGACAGCGAGGCGGACGGAUAUUGCCGAGCAGAUGCGGUAGCCUCGAUCGUGCUCAAACGCUUGGAGGAUGCUGAGGCCGAUAACGACAAUAUCCUCGGUGUGAUUGCAGCUGCGGGCACAAACCACUCUGCCGACGCGGUCUCCAUUACGCACCCGCAUGCUGGCCACCAGGCCGACCUGAGUCGUUUAGUACUCGACCGGGCCGGUAUAGAUCCUCUCGAUAUCAGUUUUGUGGAGAUGCAUGGCACAGGAACACAGGCCGGUGAUUUGGAAGAGAUCCAGUCAGUGACCAAUGUCUUUGCACCCAUAUCAAGACGCCGCAGUUCAAAGGAUCCACUCCAUAUUGGAGCUGUGAAGGCCAACGUCGGCCACAGUGAGGCCGCAGCCGGAGUGACCGCGCUGCUUAAAGUUCUCCUUAUGAUGCAAAAGAAUUUAAUCCCUCCCCAUAUCGGGAUUAAGAAUGUGCUGAACCCCAAGUUCCCUCUGGAUCUCGAGACACGCAACGUCCAUAUUCCGUAUACGAAGGUCGAAUGGCCGCGUGUGGCAGGAAAGAAGCGCUUAGCAGCUGUCAACAACUUCAGCGCGGCCGGAGGCAAUACAACAGUGGUCAUCGAGGAUGGGCCAAUCCGCACAAGGAUAGGCAGCGAUGAGCGCUCGAUGCAUGCUAUAGCUGUGGGAGCAAAGAGCAAGGGGUCCUUGCGGAGAAAUAUUGAGCAAUUACUUACCUUCCUCGAGCAGAACCCUAACUUGCUUCUGAGCGAUCUCGCCUAUACGACUACCGCUCGUCGCUAUCACCACAACCAUCGCGUGGCUGUGGUGGCAGCGGACGUUGCACAGGCACGGAAGCAACUGAAAUCAGCGCUAGUCAGCCUCGACGAAUAUAAACCAGUCUCUCUAAUGGAGCCACCCUCUAUUGCCUUUGCCUUCACCGGGCAGGGGGCUUCAUUCCGCUCCUAUCACCUUGAGCUAUACCAUCAAGUACCUUACUUUCACACCCAAAUCCGGCAACUCAAUGUUAUUGCUCAGGACCAGGGAUUUCCAUCCUUCCUCUCCGUCCUCGACGGCAGUUAUCCCUCCACUCACCUGCACUCGCCGGUCGCCACGCAUCUUGCGCUGGUCUGCGUGCAGAUUGCGCUCGCCCGCUACUGGGCGACCUUGGGCGUGCGGCCGGAUGUGGUGAUCGGCCACAGUCUAGGUGAGUACGCCGCACUGCAAGUUGCAGGGGUUCUAUCUGCAAACGAUACGAUCUUCCUCGUUGGUCAUCGCGCUCGGUUACUCGAAGAGCGGUGCCAAGUAGGCAGCCAUAAGAUGGUGGCAGUGCGCGCCCCGGUAGAGAAGGUUCAGCAGACCGCUGGUGAUCGUCCGUAUGAGAUUGCGUGCAUCAACGGACCUCAGGAUACUGUGAUUAGUGGCACCGUCACCGAGAUGGAUAGUCUAGUUCCAAUCCUGGAGCAGGCACACUGCAAGUGUGUCAGUCUGGAUGUCGCAUUUGCCUUUCACUCGGCUCAGGUCGAUCCCAUUCUCGAAGACUUCGAGUUCCUCGCUACUCAUGGCGUGCUCUUUCAGCCCCCACAGAUCCCCAUAAUCUCCCCUCUCCUCAAUAAAGUCAUCUUCGAUGACCGGUCCCUUGGUGCCCAGUAUAUGCGGCGCGCGACCCGUGAGACGGUGGAUUUUCGAUCCGCCAUCGAGGCCGCGUACGAGAUGAGCACCAUUGACGACGAGACGAUUUGGAUCGAGAUUGGUCCCCACCCAGUCUGCACAGGCUUUAUCCGAGCAACCCUAGCCUCGUCUUCAACCACCGUAACCGGGGCCCCUAUCACAGCGGCCUCGUUACGACGAGGCGAGAGCAAUUGGACGACCCUCACACGGACUCUGGCUACGCUGCACUGCGCAGGGGUACUCAUUACCUGGAAUGAAUUUCAUCGGCCGUUUGAGCCGGCUCUGCGACUGUUAGACCUGCCCACAUACGCCUGGAACGACAAGACCUACUGGAUCCCGUACAAAGGGAACUGGGCCCUGACCAAAGGCAACACCUUCUACGAGACCAAACAAGGGGCUACUCGAGGACAAAUCUCCUCAAGCCUCCGCACAUCAGUUGUCCAGCAGAUCGUGGAGGAGCACUUCGAUGGCGCUGCGGGCAAAGUGGUAAUGCAGGCCGAUCUGAUGCAGGCCGAUUUUCGCGCGGCUGCUUGGGGGCACAAGAUGAACAAUUGUGGUGUGGUGACUUCGUCCAUCCACGCCGACAUUGCCUACACCCUGGGCGGAUACCUGUACAGGAGGCUACACCCGGACCAGCACCAGCCGGCCAUAAAUAUCGCCAAUCUCGAGGUUCUCAAAGGGCUUGUCGCCAAUAACAACCCCGAAAAACCGCAAAUCAUUCAAGUGGUGGUGUCGACCACCGGCAAUCAGACGGCGCAGCUGCAGUGGCACAAUGUGCAGGCAAAUGGGUCUGUGGAGGAGCCCUUCGCCAUUGCGAACCUCAUCUAUGGCCAAGCGGACGACUGGCGCGCUUCGUGGGCGCCCCUGGCUCAUCUGGUGCAGGGGCGCAUCGGGCAGCUGGAUCAGCUGGCCCGUGAGAGCGUUGCCACACGAUUCAGCCAUAAGAUGGCAUAUCAGCUGUUUGCCAACAACCUCGUCGACUAUGCAUCCAAGUAUCGCGGAAUGCAGGCGGUUGUUUUGCACGAACUAGAAGCGUACGCGGAUGUGACCCUCUCGCGCGAGCAGGGUGGCAGUUGGACAGUGCCUCCACACUUUAUUGACAGUGUUGCUCACCUCGCUGGAUUUGUGAUGAAUACCUCUGAUGCCAUCGAUACCAAGAACCACUUCUGCGUGACGCCUGGCUGGCGGUCAAUGCGGUUCGCACGGCCGCUGGUUGCCGGAAACCAGUAUCGGUCGUACGUGAAGAUGAUCCCUACUGACGACGAUCCCUCCAUCUAUGUGGGUGACGUCUAUGUGUUGCAGGAAGGCAUGAUCAUGGGCAUGGUGGGUGGCAUCCAAUUCCGCCGGUACCCACGGAUUCUGCUAGGCCGCUUCUUCUCAGCCCCGGACGAUCAUGAAGCAUUGUCGGCGGCCGAGCCUGCCGCACUCAGCACGGCCCAGCCUUCCACUCCCCCGGCCUUUGUCGCUGCUCGCGCUCCGCUGCCCACUCCGCCCCUUGACGACAGCCCCGUCGAAUCCCCGCUGACCGUAGCCACAUAUCCGGACACCAUCGCUGCCCGCGCCUUGGAAAUCAUCGCCGCGGAAGCAGGUCUCGAACGGGCCGAGCUGACUGACGAAUGCGAUUUCGCGGGUCUCGGCAUCGACUCUCUCAUGAGUCUGGUGAUCGCGGAAAAAUUCCGGGAGCAGCUGCGCGUGAUGGUGUCGGGAAGUCUGUUCCUGAACUAUCCUACCAUUGGAGACUUACGGUCCUGGCUGGAGGAAUGCACUUGA